AUGCGGAACCCUAAAUCAUGCAGGUACAUGCUAGAAAUUAGAGCAGCAUUAUUUUUUAGGUAUAUGCCGGCGGUAUACACAGCUGCAACUUCGAGAAAGUAUGAGACUUCAAACCUUGUUGAUCUGGGCAUAUUCUGCAAAACUCCAAUUUGGUUCCGUUUCGGAGCCAUCUCUAAAAACCAAGCCUUUCGUGUUAGGAGUAUGCCAAUUGGCCCAACGUUUCUUCUGUCUUACUUUUUUCAUUCUUUCUUUUUUUUUUUUUUCGCUUUCCUCCCCCUAUAUCCCUCUAUUUUUCACUCUACACUUAACCCCAUAAAGUGGAGAAACUCCACCACAGACUCUCCAAUUGCCAUCUGGCAUCCAUGUUUCACUAGAAUUUGCAUCAUAAAGCGUUACUAA